AUGGAUCUCACCGAAGACGACUUGUAUAAUUGGUACAAGCACGCACAAGAUGGAGUCAGAGAAGGAGUCAGGACCAUGCAAAACUCGAUUAACUCUCGCAGUGUCCUGUCACUAAUAGUGGCCGUCUUCUCCCUGUCUUCGGCGCAGCAGGGCGACAACGUCGUCGACCUGAUCGGGAAGGGGAUAGGGAAGGAAGUAUCUGCUGUCAAACAACCCUUUGAGGAGACACUGGUUUUUGUCGGCUCCGCCCAAUGUAAACACGUGAAAAGAUUAGUAGGAGUGUCAUACGAGCAGCUGCACGGGGAAAGGGAGCCGGAUCUGAAUACACUUGCAUUGGUCUACAGAGAUAGAUUGGCGACGACAAAUAUAAACAUAACACAAGCCGCCCAGUGGCUGGUUCAAGCCAGGCGGAACGAGCCAGACCGGCGACUCAUUAUCUUCGUGCACGGCUUCACCGACAACCCCCUCAAAGACAACUUCAUCAACAUCAGCAACUCGUUCCUGCAAAGCAAUGAAAUCAGUGUAUUGGCGUUAGACGGCAGUCCACUGAUUCGCUGGCUGUAUCUUCGCUCCUCCACUUACGUGAGAUUCAUAGGCCAGAAGCUCGCGGAAGUGCUGGUGGCUUUAGUCAAUGAUGGCCAAGAUCCGGCAUACAUCCACUUGAUCGGUCACAGCCUCGGCGCUCACAUAUCCGGUUUCGCUGGCAAGACGUUCGAGGAAUCAACCGGGCGCAAGAUCGGCCGGAUAUCCGGGUUGGACCCGGCCGGGCCCUGCUUCAGCCACGUAGACCCGGAGUUGCGUUUGAAGGCGACGGACGCGGAGUUCGUCGACGUAAUCCAUACUGAUGCCGGAGUAUUUGGUCUGAGGGAUCCCAUCGGGCAAGUGGAUUACUUUCCCAACAAUGGGGCGAUGCAGCCGAACUGUGUGUUGCAGUCGUGUUCCCACUCUCGCGUGGUGUCCUAUUACGGGGAGUCGAUCGUCAACGGCGAAGCCUUCCCGGCCGUCAGGUGUCGCGAUUGGGAAGCCUACAAGAAGGGACAGUGCGAUUUCAAGAGUAUCAGCUAUAUGGGUUACGCUUCGAAGCCCGGCACAAAAGGACUCUACUUCUUGCGAACCAACGGAGAGUCGCCUUUCGGCCUCGGCGUCGAGGGGUUGAAAUAUGUCAACAAUGAGGGGAUCGUGAGGAACAUCGGAAACCUAUUCGGAUAA